AUGGCCAACCUGGAAAGAAGACUGACCGGGGACAUCGCGGGGCUAAAAAAGAACAUUGGGCAGGUGGCCGAGGUGGUAAACAUCGACAUUACGCCCAGUCGCACGCAUGACCAUCCGUUCACCGCGGAGAUAAUGGCACCCCCUCUCCCCGAUAAAUACAGGUCGCCGUCAAUUCCACCUUACGACGGACGAGGAUAUCCCGACGACCAUUUGGAACUAAACCGAAAACCCCCUUCCAGCUACAAAGAGUUCCUUACAAGGGCACAAGGAUACAUCAAUGCUGAAGAAGCGGAUGCCAACGACCCCGAUCAUAGGUCCAAUAAGGGUAAAGGAGCCGAGCAGGGGUCGGCGCCAUCAAAGCAAGACGGGAAGAAGCGUCGAGGAGGAGGAAGCGGAGACAAACAACCGACCCCGACGCAAGGAGCGCCGGAGGCCAAGAAGCCAAGACAGGAGGAUACCCGCAGGCCUCAGCUGUUUCAGAAAUACGACACCUACCAUGAACUGACAGUAGGCGUCGAUGAGAUCUUCAACCAGAUCGGCCGAGGAAACUUGUUGCGCCGACCUGAAUCAAUGAAGUCGGAUCCUAACCAAAGGAACCAGAAGAAAUUCUGUAGGUUCCAUGGCGAGGUCGGCCACCACACGAAUGAUUGCGCUGACCUCAAAGAUGAAAUCGAAAGAGUGAUCCGCGAGGGAAGGCUGCAGGAAUUUAGGGCCGGACGAAGACCUCGCAACGACGGCCAUGGCGGGCAAAAUGACGGUGGACGCCGAGAGGAGAACCACUGCCCGGAAGAUCGGGAACCUGUCGGCGUCAUACGAACGAUCCUCGGCAGCCCCUACAUAGGAGGAGACACGCGGAGGUCGCAGAAGGACUACGCCCACGAGGCCAAGGGGGUAUACCAGGAAUGGUUCUGGAACGUCUCCGCCGCAAAAAUCCCGAGACAUAGCCACACUGACGUGGCCUUCAAUGAGGAUGACGCCAACGGAGUCCAUUUCCCCCACAACGACGCACUGGUGGUGGAAGCAGUGAUCAGAAACCACACCGUGUGUCGAAUCUUAGUGGACAAUGGAAGUUCGGUGGACCUCCCGUAUUCCGACUGCUUGGAGAAAAUGGGGGUCCACGAGGGGUAG